AUGGCGUCUGUCAAGCGUUAUCACAAUGACAAAAAGAGAGAACAAGGAGGCAGUGUUCCCAAAGACUCGGACAUAAAAGAAUUGAUGCUUGAUGGGAAUGCCGCCUGUGGAAACUUUAUCCAAGUUUCUGUACUGUCAAGCGGAAAUGCCAGUGGUCGCAUCUCUGGAGUCGUGUCUCUCCAGUACUCAGUGCCGCGCUUGCCAUUCGGAGAGAUGUGCAAAGAUCGACAAAGGUUCGGAGAUUUCUUGAGAUCCGCAAAGCUUCUCCGUCCCGAAAGCAUGCCCGCAUCAGCAUGGUUGCACAGAUGCAAGGAUCACCAGAUCCUUGAGUUGACUGAGCAGGUAUUACUCCUAGACCAUGGAAGCAAUUUUAGCAAGCUGGACGAUACUGGCGUUGAGGACUUGUAUAUGCUCGACUCAGGUGACAUGAUGCAGGGUAGACGAGGCAUGUUGAAGAUCUGUGUUGAUGAUCGCUCCGCAUUCACAUGCAACAACAGGGACGUGUUCCUACAGAUAUCGGCCCCAUGCAGAGAAUUGAGUGAACACCACCUCGCCUUCUCUCAAACAGACCAAUCUUGCUCGACUAUAGACGAUAGAUACCACAGAACCAGGAAACACACAGCAGUCAUGGCCGCGCUCGCAUCGAACAUCAUCAGCAACCCUUGGUUCUUCGAACCUCUACAGAUCUUUGCAACACUAGGCGCCGCCGUCAACUUUGGUGGUUCAGUACUGCAAUCGCCUCUGAUCAUGCCCACUGUGACCGACCACGUCGUUGGAGUGCCAGUCCACUACACAGCCCAACAAACCGCCUACCUUCUCCACAACAGCGAGCACUUCUUCCCUCCACUCAACGCUCUGUGCUCUCUUUCCAACCUCAUCCUCACUGGCACUGCAUUCCUGCGCGCCCGCGACGGUAACCUUAUUGCCGAGGCCAAGUUUCCCAAGCUCGCUGCCGCUUUUGGCUUGAACAUUGCAACCACAGCCUGGGCACUGUUAAUCCAGGUCCCAAUGAACAAGAGAAUGACCAAAUUGGCAGAGAUUCUCAAGGCCGGUGUUGCCAAUGGAACCGACAAGGAUAGCAGACAGAAGGCUGCUGAGACCGAGUUCAGAGAGCUGCAGCUGAGAUGGCGCAAGCUCAACUACGGUCGCGCUGCCAUCAUGAUUGCCAGUGCUGUCGCUGGUGCUCUUGCGCUGGUCGCAAAGCCCUAG